CCGCCCCAGGCCCCAGCAGCGAAUGAGUGGGCGCGCCAUGGGGUCGCGUACGAGACCACGCCGGGCAUAAGGGUUCCCUGGGGUUUGUGGGGACGCUCAGCCGCUCGGAGCCGUCGGGGCCGCAGCUGAACGCGCCGCCGCAGCAGGAAUCCGGGCCCGGGCGGAGGCUGCCCCGGGAAGGCUUUCGUUCGGCAUAAACAUGGCUGCGGCCCUGCGAACUGCGGGCGCUGUCCUCCGCGAUCGAAGAAGCCGAAAACCGGAAUACUGAUGCUCAACAUGGGGGGCCCGGAAACCCUGGGCGACGUGCACGACUUCCUUCUGAGGCUCUUCCUGGACCGUGACCUGAUAACGCUUCCCAUCCAAAAUAAGCUGGCACCAAUCAUCGCGAAGCGCCGGACGCCCAAGAUCCAGGAGCAGUACCGCAGGAUUGGAGGCGGGUCCCCCAUUAAGAUGUGGACGUCCAGGCAAGGGGAAAGCAUGGUGAAGCUGCUGGACGAGAUGUCCCCGCACACAGCCCCGCACAAAUACUAUAUUGGAUUUCGGUACGUCCACCCUUUAACAGAAGAAGCAAUUGAAGAGAUGGAGAGAGAUGGGCUGGAGAGGGCUAUUGCUUUCACGCAGUACCCCCAGUACAGCUGCUCGACCACAGGCAGCAGCUUAAAUGCCAUUUACAGAUACUACAACGAAGUGGGGAAGAAGCCCAGGAUGAAGUGGAGCACGAUCGACAGGUGGCCCACACAUCCCCUCCUCAUUCAGUGCUUCGCAGACCACAUUCAGAAGGAGCUGGACCGUUUCCCGCUGGAGAAGAGGAGCGAGGUGGUCAUUCUCUUCUCCGCUCACUCACUGCCCAUGUCUGUGGUCAACCGAGGGGACCCCUACCCUCAGGAGGUGGGCGCCACCGUCCACAGAGUCAUGGAGAAGCUGGCGUACUCCAACCCCUACCGACUGGUGUGGCAGUCCAAGGUUGGCCCGAUCCCCUGGCUGGGCCCUCAGACAGACGAGACCAUCAAGGGGCUUUGUGAGAGGGGGCGGAAGAACAUCCUCUUGGUCCCGAUCGCGUUCACCAGCGACCACAUCGAGACACUGUAUGAACUGGACAUCGAGUACUCUCAGGUGCUCGCCAGCGAGUGUGGAGUCGAAAACAUCAGAAGAGCAGAGUCUCUUAAUGGAAAUCCAUUGUUCUCUAAGGCCCUGGCUGACCUGGUGCACUCGCACAUCCAGUCGAACGAGCUGUGCUCCAAGCAGCUGACUCUGAGCUGCCCGCUCUGUGUGAACCCCGUCUGCAGGGAGACGAAGUCCUUCUUCGCCAGCCAGCAGCUGUGACGCUGCCCGAGGACCCGCGGGGUGAGGCAGACGCCGACCUCCAGAUCCCUCCAGCGCAGAGGAUGUGGACACAGACGUGUUUAUAGAUCAGGGACGCGAGUUACGUUAGUACACGCACAGCCUCUGGGCACACAUCAUGUGGUUUCUUGAGGCUCGGACUCUCUGAAAUCCUUACUGAGAGUGUUCUAUUUUUAUAUGACAAUAGAGUAAGCACUUAUAUUUCUCUCUCAUUGGAUAAAAUUACUCAUUUGGGAUGGCCAAUAGGCUAUUUUAAAAAUGAGCUUUAAAAAUUUGUCUUACGAGAUGCACAGCUAUUUUAAAUAUAGAUUUUGGUUUUAUUGCCCAAAAAACCUCCUUCGAGGGGACAGAGCCCCCUGUGGGCUGUCAGUGUGAAGCAGAUCUGUUUACAAGGCUGGUGCAUAUAGCCGUCGGGUUUUUAAGUGAAUAUAGUUGAGGAAAUGCAGUGUAACUUGAAGAAGAAAUGUUGCCCGCCCUUUGCCAGGCCCGUGGGUCACAGGACGCUGGGGAGGUGUCGUGGUGCCUGCAGCGGCCACUUCGGCCAGUGAGUGACCGUGAAUGGUCACUGUGGUGCUCCUGUGUGAACUCACUUUCCUCACCGCCAAACCAAGUCCCGGGCAGAUCCCAAACAUGCCCUGGGACUCCCCAGGCACGCAAGGCAAAUACACGUGUCAAAAUCCAGUGUUUGUCAUACAUCCCUGGGUAGGAGUCUGUGAGCCGCAGGGAAGGGGCUCCCGCUGCUUCCUGUCUCCAAGGCCAGGGGUGCCGGGGCGCCGAUGACAGGGUCCAUCCACUGUUAAAGCUCCUGCCGGGGCCCUGUGCACCUUUCCCUCCAGGGUCUUCUUUACAUGGUUGACUGUCUCCUUUCAGCAUGUUUGUUUGUUUGAACAAUUAUUUUAUGAAGUCAGCUAUGCUUUGUAACCUUGAAAUCUUUUUUAAUUUAUAAUUUUUUAUUACAAAAAUUGUGUAACAUGUGGAUAGGAAAUUUGGAAAACAAGGAAAAGAAAAAUAACCGCUCUGUAAUGCAACAACUAUUCAUCAUAUUGUCUUUCAUGUCAUUCUCUUCCUGUGGAUAUUUCAAAGGCCAUUGUAACCUUGAAUUUGAGUGGAGAGUUCUAAAAAUAUAGAAAUCAUGUAGGAUCAGAGUCUAACCUUCUAUACUUGGAUUUAAGUGGAUUGAAAAAAUCUCUGAUGGACUCAUAAUGAAUUUGUAAUGAUUACUUUGUCCUUUCUCAUUGUCCUAAAACUUUGUUCUUCAAAAGAGCAUUUCUUUGAUUUUUUAAAAGUCCUGUUCAUAAAGUGGAAGUAUUAGAGAAGUCACAGAUCUUCUAUAUUCAGGAUUUGCUGCACUAAUAAAUAUUAUGACAUCA